UCGUACAGCCACCCAUCCCGAUGGUAGAUCCUUAUCACCACCAGCCGAUGUAUCUUCAGUCCGUAUCCCAGAAACCACAGCAACAGUCGCAGCCGUUUAUCCCCUUUGCUACGGCUCCAGUUCGGCAGCAGCAGCCGCCCGAUCAGCAGUAUGAACAGUUCCAGUCUUCCAGGGCAGUCUCUGCACCACCUGUUACUUCUGCGACCUAUGACCUCUCAGCCUUGCUGGCCUUGCAGUCUCCAUUGACAGCCAGCCAAGGAUCCAACAUCGCUGAAGCUGCGUGGCAGCUUUCAUCACCCGGCAACAUCGGCCUCAACAUGCAGUCACCUGCACAGAGGCCAAAAUAUAGCAGUCUUUCACAAGUGCUAGGUGCGACCAGCAGAGUGCUGGCUAGCACUGAACGUGAUAACACAAUCGGUGGUGACGACGACAACUCAGAACAGGAGCAGGAGUAGGAGUAGAGACAGGGCAUGAAAUUCUUCACAAUCUGACAGAGACCCACCUCAGCCAAGUAGCCCAAAGUUGUAGUGUAUGUACUGACAGUGUGUUUUGAACAAUAUAGUAACAAUGUGCCUCGUACAAUCACAGUAAC